CUGUGGGUGGAGCUUGCAGCUCUCCAGCCCUGGGUUGUACAGUUCACAGAGAAGCCAAGGGACGCCGUUACUCUAGGACUGUAACCUGUUCAAGAGAGACACUGGCUACCGGUCUCCGAGGCUUUCCCCAUUUGUGUGGAUGAUGGGGUGGGAAGAAAGCAGCCCCUUGCUGUCUCAGGACACCGCUGGCCCAGAGCAGCCACCCACCAGGAACUGUCUACCUACUGCAAAUGUUCCACGUACAUCACUCUGGGAGAAUCAAAAGGGGGCCUGGGGCUGGAGAUGCUGUCCUGUGUCAAAGCACAAGGCCUGGAGGGAAGACCAGGCCUCCUCCCUCCCCCUUCCCACAGGGAGCAACUGUGUCAAGUAUCUGGUUUUCCUGUCUAACUUCAUCUUCUCCCUGCCAGCUCUACUGGCCCUGGCGGCAGGGCUCUGGGGCCUGGCUGUUAAAAGGUCUCAGGGGAGCAGCUGGGGUGGACCUCUGCCCACAGACCCCAUGCUGGUGCUGGUGCUAGGAGGCCUGGUAGUCAGUGUGGUGAGCCUGUCUGGAUGUCUGGGGGCUCUCUGUGAGAACAGCUGCCUACUGCACUGCUACAGUGGGGCUGUCCUCUUUUGUCUGGCACUGGAAGCCCUGGCAGGUACUCUAGUGGUGACCCUCUGGAACCCACUGCAGGACAGCCUGAAGUAUAUACUUCAUGAGGCCAUCACCCACUACUGGGAUGACCCAGACCUGCACUUCCUCCUCGACCAAGUCCAGCAGGGGCUGCAAUGCUGUGGGGCAGUAUCCUACCAGGACUGGCAACAGAACCUCUACUUCAACUGCAGUUCUCCAGGGGUGCAAGCCUGCAGCCUUCCUGCCUCCUGCUGCAUCAACCCCCAGGAAGACGGAGCUGUAGUGAACACUCAGUGUGGAUUGGGGGCAUUGCACCUGGACCAGGAUGCAGCUGGACAAGUAGUUUACCUGCAGGGCUGCUGGCCUGCGCUGCAAGAAUGGCUUCGGGGGAACAUUGGUCCCAUAGGUGGCUGUGCUAUUGCUGUUGUCAUGAUCCAAGGGUCUGAACUCCUCUUGGCUGCCUGCCUGCUAAGGGCCCUAGCUGUCCACAAGGUAGCAGAAGACAUAGAACCAGGCCCUUUGUGAGCUGCUAGCGCUACGCUCUCCACCAAGCAGAGCUGAGAAGACUGCAAUGCAUUUACAAGGUUCUCUCCACCUUCCAGGAAAGGUGACAGGGCUUCCACUCCUGGCCCUGGCUUCUUUGCUACACCUGUUCUAUCGGUCCCCAAGACUCACUUAGGUGGCCUCUGUGCUGCUCCAAUUUCACAAUCUCACUUCUGAUUUCUCAGGACCCAGCUAAGCCCAUGGCUGUCUUUGCAAAGGCCACCCUGGUGGUCUGUGUCUGCUCCUACCUGCCCUGUGCCCCCUAGAUGGUAGAGGAGCCAGUGCUGGGGGCUCUCUCUUCCAAUCUCAGCCACCUUCCCUGAUCUGUCUCACGCUGACUGGCUCUGGGUCUCCAUUUCAUCACUACUGGCUUCUCAUGGGUCUCCUCUUGCUUUCUGGUCUUUGGUAAGAUGUGGGGUAAUGCCCAGGGCACACCCUGUAGAAAACUGUUUUGGUAGGAGGAAGGCUUUGCUUAUUGGUGUGUCCAUUUGUAUUCGUAUAGUAAACUACAGAUCUCACAAUGACUGGGACUUUUCUCUUUCCAAAAUCAAAAGGGAGACAAUUCCUCAUUUCCCAGCUAGGGCUGACUGCCAGCAGCAGACAGGCCAGCUUUGAUUUUAUCUGUAGUUAACAUGGUCAGUUUACAGCUGUCUCAUAAGUGGAGUCUUUUUCUUUUCUAUUCUUUUUUUUUUUUUUUUUGAUAGAGCCUCACGUAUUGCAGGCUAGCCUCCAACCCCCUACAUAGCUCAGGAUGAUCUGUCUUCAGCAGUCUCCUUCCUCCAGCUCUCCAGUGCUCAGAUUACAAGUGUGUACCACCAGGCCCAGAGGGCCCUCCUAAAAGCCAUGUUCUGGUCAUGCCCAAAAAAUAAACAUUUACCCUAAAUGUUGUGGGUGCUUUGGGGUGAGUUUGUCCGUAUACCAUCCCCGUGUGUGGAGUCCUCAGGUUAAUGGGGGUGCACAGCAGCAGACAGCUGUCAGUCUCAGGAUGGACUGGCUAGACCAAGGGCUACUCACUGGAUGUCCGUGUUUAAGUUUCUAGUUUUUGUCUUUCCCCACCCUUCUUGAAGAAUGUGCUUCACUGACUAUGGCCAGAGGUGAGGGUCAUGGCCAGGCUCAUAUGUCCAGGACCUCAGGCCUUUGGGGAGAAUGGGAUCAGUGGGAUUUUUCUAUUUCUCUUCCUGGCCAGUCUCUCUUACCUCUACCGGCCCUGGUCCUUCCUUCACAGUGCUGAUAGAGCAACCAGCCCUCCUGAAGGUACAGCUCUCUGUCAGCACACCUCAGAUAAGCAAGGACAUGCUAAUUUUAUUUUGAAGUAGGGGCAAGAGACAAGAGUAUGUUGGGAAGGUUGGUAUAAUGGGAGGAGUAGCUUAGUAGCUUAU